UUUUGUCCGAUCCACUCUUUUGUUCUGACUCAACGACUCUUAACGGUUUCUCCGGACACCAAACGGAAAGUGUAAUCCAAUCGCUAACGGGCGUCACCUAGCUCUGUCUCCUCCGCCACCAGCACCACCCGCCUAGCUCCCCACAGGUCGGGACGAUGCCUCCGCCGCACCUCAGGGCCAUCACUCUCACCAACGUCCGCUAUGAGCGGGGUGACCAGCUCGGCCACUUCCUGGCGUGGGUGUCCUUGGUCCCUAUCUUCAUCAGCCUCGGUGGCUUCGUCUCCCACUUCAUCUUCCACCGCGAGCUCCAGGCCAUGUUCUUCGCCCUUGGCCUCCUCAUCUCCCAGGUCAUCAGCGAGCUCACCAGGGCCGCCGUGAGGCAGGCCCGUCCGGAGGCCUGCGCCCUCCUCGAGACGUGCGAUUCCCACGGCUGGCCAUCCAGUCACUCCCAGUACAUGUUCUUCUUCGCCUCCUACUUCUCCUUCCUCACUAUCAAGGGCCUAGGCGGUGUUUGGGACACCGAGAGGUCCAACAGGUGGGCCAUCUGCUUCUUGCCCUGGUGCCUCGCCUUUCUGACCAUGCUCUCUCGGGUUUAUCUGGGCUACCACACAGUCGGGCAGGUGUUUGACGGAGCUGGGAUGGGGAUUGUUCUGGGAGCAGCUUGGUUUCGGGUGGUGAAUUCCAUGCUCUACCGUUAUUUUCCAAAAAUCGAAGAGAGCAAGCUUGGUAGGAUGUUCUACAUCAGGGACACUUCCCACAUCCCCAACGUGCUGAAGUUUGAGUAUGACAAUGCAAGGGCUGCAAGGAAAAACAUGGACUCCAAGUGCAGCUGAUGAUAGACGAGGAUUUUCCGGUUAGUUGAGUUGUUAUAUUAUCUUUCUAAAUAUUGAUUUUAAUUCAUAUUUCGAUUUUUCUUCUAACUUGUUUAAAUGCUAUGUUCAAUACAUAUAGUCGGUGCAACUGUCUGACAAUGACAAGUUAGUAUUUGGGAAAUUGAACGCGCAUUGGCAUGUUAUCAAGGCAUAUCUAUCUGUUUACAAAUGCAAAAUACUAUGAAUCUUUUCCUC